AUGGAUACGGACAGACCUUUGCACGAGAAUUGGAAAAAACAGAUAUACUGGCUCUCGUUUGUUUUUGUGGGAUUAUUACCGGAUAGUUUCUUGAGAAUAGAAGAACGCAAUGAGCAACUGCAACAUGAAGUGGCAGAUCAGCAAGCUGCUUUAGCUCUCCAACAGCAGAUUCAAAGUAUGCCGGUGACUCAUGAUCCACGAGUGGGUAGGCUUAGUGUAACAAUUUCUCAGGCUAAAUUAGUGAGAAAUUAUGAAAUGACAAGGAUGGAUUCUUAUGUGACGUUACAAGUAGGACAUGCAGUGUAUGAGACACAUACAGACUCGAAUAGUGGAAAAAAUUCAUAUUGGAACAAAGUUAUCCAGUGCCUCUUAUCACCUGGAGUUAUUCAAAUAUUCAUAGAAAUUUAUGAUGAGUGUUCCUUCAUGAUGGAUGAAUUGAUUGCAUGGGGUCACAUAGAAAUUCCGCCGCAAGUUUUUCAAAAGGAAGAGACGCACGAAGAUUGGUAUAUGCUUAAUGGAAAACAGGGAGAAAAUCAGGAAGGCAUAAUCAAUUUAGUUUUUAGUUACACGAAUAAGUGUCAUCCAUACAUGAGUUCCUCGAUAAUGAUGGUUCCUUCUGCAACGCCGAUGUUCGGCGUGCCGUAUGCCCCGCUAAAUGUUUAUAUACCACCUCCAGCUGUUGCUACACCAACAGUUGCACCAAGUUUUUUGCCAAAUGCUGAGAUCGAAUUGAAGCAGAUUGCAGAAAUGUUUCCAAACAUUGACAAAGAAUCAUUUAGUUUCAAAAAAAUUAAUCUUCCUUGA